AUGAAGGUCCCUGGGGCUGCCCUCUUUCUCCUCAUCCUUAUCCUCACCGUGACUCCUGCUUUGCACGGCCAGUCAAAAAGUCCUGAGUCGUUGAACAGUUCUCACACCUGCUGCCUGAAGCACCAUGAGAAAGUAAUGCCAAAGAAACUGGUGGUGGGAUACAGAAAGGCCCUCAACUGUCACCUGCCGGCAAUCAUCUUUGUCACCAAAAAGAACCGAGAGGUCUGCGCCAACCCCCAAAACAAAUGGGUCCAAGAGUACAUCAAGGAUCCCAAUAUACCUUUGCUGCCUCCCAGGAACUUGGCCCAGGUCAAAAGCGUUAGGCCUUAG